AUGUCAGCCUCAAGCGCUUACUACAGCAAAGAAAUGAAACCAAGACGGAACACGAUGUUGUACAAUGCUAAGAAUGCUACCAUUGUCAUUACUCUCGUUGUAAUUACGUUCCUAAUCUUCUUCCCACCCGAUAAUUCCGAUGCUUCUUCGAGCAAGACAAAGUACAUGGCUGUCAUUGAUGCUGGAUCUUCUGGGUGCAGAAUUCACGUUUAUAAGUAUUCAGGCAGCAUCAAAUCCAAAAAGGUCGAACCAGAUCACGCCACCAUGAAGGCAAAACCAGGACUUUCAUCCUUUGCUUCCAAUCCAACCGAAGCUGGAGCUGCCUUGGAGCCACUCAUCAAAUUUGCCAAGGAACAUAUCCCUGCCGACAUGGUCAAGUCGACUCCCAUUGUUCUAAAGGCUACUGCUGGACUUCGUUUGGUGCAACAAGAUCAACCAGCGGCGGUCGAUGGGAUUCUAAAAAGUGUCCAGACUACUCUAGGCAAUUCGGGUCUUCAAUUCGAGCCAUCUAAUGCACAAAUCAUAUCUGGUCAAGAAGAAGGAAUGCUAGGUUGGAUUGCUUUGAAUUAUCUAUACGAAACUACCAGCAAAUCGUCCAAUCUCCGCAAGUCGACACCCGUUUGGAGUGUCUUGGAAAUGGGAGGAGCUUCGGUCCAAGUCAGUGUGCCACUCACCUCUUCCAAGGGAGUUCCUUCGGAGUAUGUGCUGCCCUAUGUCUCUCCUACCAAUGGAAGAAAGGGAAGUAUGUACACCCAUUCCUUCUUGGGCGCCGGAGUCCAAUCGGCAAAGGGGGCUGUGGAACAGGCUCUAUUGGCGAAACAAGGUUCGACCGAUAGCUUGAAUCAUCCAUGUCUGCCCAACGGAUUUACCGAAACGGAAAAUUCCAUUGCUUAUAAAGGUACUGGAAACUUUGACGAAUGCCAGGCCAUUAUCAAAUCUGCCGUCUUUGCCAAGCAACAAGACAAGGUGGCCACAUGCGAAAAGACCUCCUCCCAAUGCUUCUGGAAUGGUGUCGCUGGACCUGGUCUCAAGCCAUCCGAACAAAAGGUAUGGGCCUUUGAAAACUUUUUCUAUACCAUGAGUGGAGUCGGCGAAAUGAAAGCGGACGAAUCCGCCAAAGAAUUUACCAUUCAACAUUACGAAAAGGUGGCCAAGGAAAUGUGCAACAAACCAUGGGAUGCGAUUGAAUCGGCAUACCCGAAGGAUAGUCAACCCAAAGAAUACAACAAGGAUUGGUGCUUUUCAGCCUUGUAUGCCUUUUCCUUUUUGACGAGUGGACUGGGAUUGGAUGCCCAACAAUCUAUCAUGAUUGGAAAUGAAGUAGAAGGUGUUGGGAUCGAUUGGGCAUUGGGAGCUGUUUUGCAACAUCAAGGUAGACGAUAG